GACCAAAUAUAAACCGGCCAAAACUGGUGACAGCUGAAAGUCGACGGGACUGGAUCGCGUCGGAUUGUUAUAUCUCAUUCAAGGAAUGUGUUAUUCAUGAAGACAAAUACAGAAGAAAUGGAGGAACCUGAUUUCAAUGUGUUGAACCUUGCUCAGGUAGCAAGCUCAAACUUGACUGUUGCGAGUAUCCACACUAUCGGCACUAUAAGCAUGAGCAGUGCCAACCUUACACCCUUACCUCAGAAAAAGUUGUUCUACUCCAGAGAAGCAUCCGUCACAGGGACAGACCUUCUGCCAAUUUGCAGGAUCUGUCAACUACCCGGAGACAUAGCCGAUCCGCUCUUCUCUCCUUGUAGAUGUUCUGGAACACUAGGCUUCAUCCAUUACACAUGUUUGAAGAGGUGGAUCGAUAUAUCGACCAGGAAGACGAAGAAGCAGCCGCGUUGUGAACUCUGCCACUACCAGUUUCACAGACACAAGCGCUUCAAGUUCAAGAACUGGAGGUGGCCAAAAGUGAACACAAGAGACAAGAUACUCCAUAUCAUAUUCUUUCUGAAUCUCCUCAUAAUGAUUGGCUGUGCAAUAGCUACAGUGAUGUGCUUUUUAUCGGACAAAGGGCAGAUAACCAAGUUUCCCAAGAACAAGGUGGAGCUAACGCUGGAGGAAAUCAUCACCCUGGCGUGUGGUGUCAUGUUUUUCGUGGCUUUCUUCAUCGCAAUGACAGUAGAAAUAAAGGCCAAGCACACAGUCUACAAACUAUGCAUGAAGUUCAUAGUGCACAACACGGAGUGGAAUGUUGACUCGUACGAUCGUAGCAAGGACCCUGGGCUCAAGGUUGCUCCUCAAUAUGUCUGAUAUGCUCCAUCUGUAGGGCCUGUUUCUCUCAGGUUAUAAAUGUCUCAUACAGAGAAGUCAAGGUUAAUUUUGGUAGUCAAAGGAAAUAUAGAUAAAUUAUGCUUUAGGAAAAAAUAUGACUCGUGACCGCAGUGAAUUAACCAUAUUCAAGUACACACUAGUAACAAUACACUGCUUAUAAAAUAUCAGAGAUAUACCUGAUAGUAUUUUUGUUUUAAUUAGUGAUCAUGAAUCACAAUAAUCUCUGUCCUUAUUUACCAACAUAUGGGUAAAUAUUAUAUUGUAUCUGCUAUAUAACUGCUCAGGAGUCCUAAGAUAAAUUCGAGAGGAUAAUGAUUUUCUUACUUUGUUAGAUAAGUGAAAGAAAGUGGUAACAGUUUUAGCUGUUUGAUUUUAGUAAACUUUAAGUUUCUAACUGAAUGGAAUGAAAUCUGAACGAGUAUUGACAUACAAAUGUAUUUCUUUAAAGUAAGUAAAAAAGUGUGUUAAAUGUUAAAAUCUCAGGAAAACAGUGUCUCGGAAAAUGUUACAAUUGGUGCCUUAGGUAGGUUGUCACACUCGUUACCAUUAGGAACGGGAAUGUUGCUGAUCUCCGUAUUUUUGUUUAAAUUACUGUGUGAGAUGGGAGAAGGGUACCCUCUAAACAUCUAUAUACUGUAUACGGGGAUAUUUUCACUGCAGUUCAAUUUUUCGCAAUCAGUAAUGAGAGCAAAUUUAUAAUAACAGCAAACAUUUGUCAACAACAUUAUACAUCAAAUCUAUAACAGAGUAAUAAGAUGUGAAGGGCAGAUUUGAUAUUGGGCGAACAUAGAUUUUGCCUUUGAACGGUGAAAAUUUGACUGUGCUAAAAGUGUUCCUGAUAUACAGUUAUAUGUUGUACGUUGUCCAUGCAGCAAUGCUAUAUCUACAUAAUUACUAUAACGGUUCUAUUCAUUGCCCAUAUUUCAGUUAUUGUCCACACCCUACUCCAACGGUGAAAAUUAUCAAAGAAAAACAGCUGUCUAGUAUACCCUAUUGCAGAAUUUUGAAAAAAAAGACAUUACACAAUCACAUUUCCCUCCCACACAUCUGCCUUUGUGAGUGUUGCUUAUGUUAGUCCAUUUAGCCUGGAACCUAUCGUUUUCUCACAUGUAGUUAAAACCACCUCACCCCACCCCACAUCCACCAAAAUGAAUUCUGCUUUCUCAUUUGUUAGAAUCUCCCUUCCCCCACAUUCUGCUUUCUCUUUUGUUACAAUCAUUGCCCCCCCNNNCCCCCCUCCCCCUAUGAUUUUUCAUGGGUCGUAAUAAAUAAUAUAAUUCCCCAGGCAGUUGAUAGAACCAUUCCAUGUCUGACUAAUUCACUCAGGUUGGUGCUUUUGUCACUGAUGUAAACAUGUAUACAGGUAUGCACAAGAAGAUGUAAGGAGAAAUACUUGACAACUUGACAGUGGUUUUGUAGAAUGUGUACUGUUGGUGCUACUAAAAGCAAUACAUUGUAAAAAAAUAAAUUUCAUAGACAAUGAUCACAACCCAAUACCAUUACAUGUGCUAAACUAGCUGCUUUUGAAGUGUUGAAGAUGAAGGAAGGGUGCGUUCACAUUUAUGGAGUGAAUAUUUUGUAUGUAUAUGUUUUGCUGAACCUGUUGCCAUAGUGUUGAUAAAUGCCUAAGACACAAUGUAAAAUUUCCUGUAGACACUGGGAGAUUAUUGGGGAAAGUUGCUACCCAUAUAUGUGCCUUGACAUUGAAAUUGUGAGAUUUUUUUUCCUUAUAGAUGCAUAAUUAAUUAAUCAAUAUUCAUAUGAGGCAUUUCACUUACAGAAAGUUGAACUUUGAACUUUCUACCUGAUCAAUUUCUGCCACAGGAACGGAUACUGUGAUUCUAACUUGAUCAAAGUCACAUUACUGUGGAACGCCAGUAUGACAUGCCUCAUGUGAAAGUGCUUCAUGCAACAUUCUGCAUGCGAACAUGCGUCUUGCGAAAUGCAAACACACCUAACACGUUUCGCAUAAAGCAUGUAGCAUGAAGCACUUUGCAUGAAGGAUGUUGCACCGCCUUUCCAUACAUUACAUAACAAAUCACUUGAAAUAUCAUGACACUGUGUGUCCUGUGUAUUGUUUAAAUACUCUUAAAGAUUGUUUUAUUACUGUUAAUAAUCGUCUUUUUUUGUUUAUAUGUCAUCACCUUAAGAAAUUUUAAUACCAGUUUCUGAUUGGUUUGUAAAGGCCCUUUCAAUAAUUAAUGCAGAUGAUAAAUGUAAACUAGCUUGUUAAACAUUUUGGGGGAAGUGGGGAAAUUAUUUUUGAACAAAAUAGUAUAUUCAUCGACCAUAAAAGCUUGUGGAUUCCUGACCGUCCAUACAAAUUAUGUCGUUUAGCUAGCUAUGGUGGUUAUGUAUUUUGUCUAACCUGUGUAACAGGAUUUCUGAAAGGGCCUUUAUUGUGAUUAAAAAAUAAUCCAAAAGAUGAUACAAAGACAUAUUUUUUGUUACUUGGCCUUGGCAUUAUUAAGUGUUAGCCAAGUCUGACACUGAUGUAAAACCUUGAAAUAUUAUGAUAAUAUGGUUGGAUUGAAAAACACUUACCUGCUCAGUAUAACCAUAGUUUAUUUCUGUCUGUACCUGUCGACUAUUUUUCACUUGUGAAUGAAUGUUAAGAACACUUACUGAAUGGCUGUGAUAUUUGUAGAAGUGCGAGGUUGUUGAGAAGAAGCUCUAGUGUGAUAGCUUGUGCAGAAUGUACAAGGCUGCAUUAGCUUGUACAUUAGAAUCUUCUAAAAAAAAAGGGCAAUUGUAUGAUGAUUGAUGUGUUUUUGUUAUAAUGUUUUUAAAUUUUGUUUUGCAAAGAUCUUCUGUGUCAAAUUUUCGCGUUAAUUGUUCCAAAUAACAAUUGAUAUUUGGUAUUAUUAUGAAGUAUAUUGGAUUCAUGAUAGUUAAUGAUAAGUUUUACUUAUAUUGAGCUUGAGGUAUUUUCCCUGUAGUUAAGAUUCUCCCCAUUUUUGUCCCUUUUCUAUCUGUACACUGAUCUCUAUCCUUCUUCUGUCCUAGGGACGUCCCUUUACCAGUGUGACUAUAGUUUGACAACUGGAAACCAUGUAGUAUUCUCCCUUACAUAUCCACAGAUGAAUUUAUUUUUUACCUUUAGCUGCAGGGGUGUUCAGUUUCAUAUUCAGAGUACAUGUAUUUGCCUGCAGACAGAUUUGACAAAUAAUACUACCCCAACUUAUAUUUGAACUCAUUCACCCCGGGCCCAGAAAGCACAUUUGAACUCUUCCCAUUCGAAGGUUGGAAAAGGUCAUUAUGAAAUGUCAGGGGUGAAUGCGUUAAAGGUAAUUUGUGAACAUUUUCACCAACCGUUACAAAAACUUGACUAGCCCUGGGCAUCAGGCCCCUAAGCUGUUUGAUCAAACCCCUGUCAGACUGGUGCUUCCCAAAAAGGAUGAUUAGCAUAUCGGUCAAAAUGUGCUUGUAUUGAGCAUGCAGAAUUGACACUUUAUUUUAGAGAAUGCCUACAAGUUAAUUCAAAAUUUGUCCAUGCAUCCUAAUGUUGUGCUGGCCAUGGUCUGCAUUUGAAGUACAUUCCAGAAUGAGACUGGUUAGAUGCUUUACUCCCAAGCUUUGGCUAAUCUUUGCUCACUUAGCUAGGUUGUCUCAUCCUUUCCGAUUGUAAUGUCAUUAAAUAUUGUUGUCAAUAGAACAAGCUCUAGUGCAACUCUAUAGACAUAACUCUCUUUCAUUAGCCCUUUCACCUCUAGGUAACUUUAUUAGAUUCUACCAUACAGUAAUCUGGAUGAGUCCAUUCUGGUCUACAGUGGUGAAAGGGUUGAGGAUAAAUGUAACUUAAAUUAUUCACCUCUUGAAUUACCCCGGUACUCUUUAAUAAAUUUACAAAAAAAAACAUGAAUUCUACCUUUAUAUUGAAAAAUAAAUUGCAUAUUAUUUAAGUUUUAAUAUUAUAUCUGAAAUAAGUAAACUUUUCUUAUUGUGUAAGGGAUGGGAUUUGUUAAUGCUAACUUUUUGUAGUAAGGGAGAUAAUCAUACAAAUCACAGGAAAUGAUGCCUAAAGUAGCAUAUCACCUUAAUUACAUGUAAUCUCAUCGCAAUCUUUAAUCCAAAGUGCUAUGUGAAUGUAAAGUUGUUUGUAUAUAUGCUAGCCCUGUGUUAUAACACAGGGGUAUAUGUUUUGAAAUAGUGUAGAUUUUGUCUUUUUGUAUAAAUAACAUGAACAAUUAAUAAUACAUGUAUAGAAAUGUGAUGUUAUUGCCUGGUAUCUGUUUUUGUGGGUAUUUGAAUACCAGUUUAAUGAUAAUUAUACAAAUGUAUAUAUAUGUGAUUUGCUACUGACAUACAUGUAUGUGGUAACUGUGCUAUGUCUCCUAUACAUUUGUGUGUGCUUACAAUGUAAAUAAACGUAGUGUGUAGAAACCCGUACUAAGUGUUAAUCAUUGUAGAGAUUUUACACUCAAAUAUUUCAUUAUAAGCAUUGGUCUUGGUGUUAAACUUUGCAACAAUAUUUUUAAACCACCAUUGAUUAUUUAUCAAAAACUUUUAAAGGGGAAUGACACUGUUUGAUAUCAUAGAAUAUGUUUACAUUUUGUUUUGGUUCAAUGUAUAAAUAUAGAUAUUUAAUACAGUCUAACUGUUUGGGAGAGUUUGUGUAAAUUUGAACAAAUAUAAUCAACAGAUGAUUUGGUAGAGGAGUCGGGUUACUGUUUCUAUCGAACCUGUACAGUAUAUAUGUAUUAACCGCAUAAUCUUACAGUGCUUUUUGUAUUGAUUAUUUUGUUUUAAGUUUAUAGUGCACAUCUGUGUUAAGGUUAUGAGGCAGACUCGGUACAAAUCAUUUAAUGUGUUAACACAUCUAAUUGAGCUGUUUAUUGAAACAUCAAUGGAUCUAUAAAAACCAGUUUAUUCUUUUUAUCUAAUAGGUGAAUUACUAUUACUGAGAUUUGAAACUGAGACUCAUUUUUCUCUGCAAGAUGUAGUGAUGAAUAUUCAGGAAAUUGUCAAAUUCUUUAACAUCUUUUAGUGGUGUAAAAGAUUUGUAUUUGUAUUUUUUUUUAUCUUACGUUAUAUGCUGAUUUUUAUGUGGUCCCAGGUUCUGUAUAACAUGAAAGUUGAGUCACACCAUGUAGUUCUGGUUGAGUCACACCGUGUAGCUACAGUUUAGUCACAAUUCGUAGCUAGAUUUGAGUCACUGUGUAGCUACAGUAAAGUCUCACCACAUAGCUAGAGUUGAGUCACAUUGUUUAGUUACAGUAAAGUCUCACCACGUAGCUAGAGUUGAGUCACAUUGUUUAGCUACAGUAAAGUCACACUACGUAGCUAGAGUCGAGUCACACCGUGUAGCUACAGUAAAGUCUCACCAUGUAGCUAGAGUCGAGUCACACCGUGUAGCUACAGUAAAGUCCAACCACAUAGCUAGAGUUGAGUCACUCUAUGUAAGCUACAGUAAAGUCUCACCACGUAGCUACAGUUGAGUCGCACUGUGUAGCUACAGUAAAGUCUCGCCACGUAGCUAGAGUUGAGUCGCACCGUGUAGCUACAGUAAAGUCUCACCACGUAGCUAGAGUUGAGUCACAUUGUUUAGCUACAGUAAAGUCACACUACGUAGCUAGAGUCGAGUCACACCAUGUAGCUACAGUAAAGUCUAACCACAUAGCUAGAGUUGAGUCACUCUAUGUAAGCUACAGUAAAGUCUCACCACGUAGCUAGAGUUGAGUCGCACUGUGUAGCUACAGUAAAGUCUCACCAUGUAGCUAGAGUUGAGUCGCACCGUGUAGCUACAGUAAAGUCUCACCACGUAGCUAGAGUUGAGUCGCACUGUGUAGCUACAGUAAAGUCUCACCAUGUAGCUAGAGUUGAGUCACUCUAUGUAGCUACAGUCAAGUCUAACCACAUAGCAAGAGUUGAGUCACUCUAGGUAGCUACAGUAAAGUCUAACCACAUAGCAAGAGUCGAGUCACUCUAUGUAGCUACAGUAAAGUCUCGCCACGUAGCUAGAGUUGAAUCACAUUGUUUAGCUACAGUAAAGUCACACCGUGUAGCUACAGUAAAGUCUCACCACGUAGCUAGAGUUGAGUAACAUUGUUUAGCUACAGUAAAGUCACACUACGUAGCUAGAGUUGAGUCACAUUGUUUAGCUACAGUAAAGUCUCGCCAUGUAGCUAGAGUUGAGUCACACCGUGUAGCUACAGUAAAGUCUCACCACGUAGCUAGAGUUGAGUCACAUUGUUUAGCUACAGUAAAGUCACACCGUGUAGCUACAGUAAAGUCUCACCAUGUAGCUAGAGUUGAGUCACACCGUGUAGCUACAGUAAAGUCUAACCACAUAGCAAGAGUU